AAGGAAAUGCACCAAUCAGCAGCUCCCCGGGGCUCACAACUGUCGGCGGCGCCGGGAAAACAAGCCGGUGCGCGGGGUACCCCGGGCCGGGGCAACCUCGCUCCGGCCUAGCCCCGCGGCCCUCGGUGCCGGCCCCGGGGCAUGCUCCGAGCCCCCGCGGCUCCAGCACUGACGCCCCGGCCUCAGGACUGUGCGCGGACGCGGACCCCUCCCCCCGCCAGGUCUCUGCCCCCGCGCGGGGCCCGCGCCGCGCGGCCGGAGGGAGCGGCCGGAUGGAUCGGAGGAUGAAAGGCGGAUACUUGGACCAGCAAGUGCCCUACACCUUCAGCAGCAAAUCGCCCGGAAAUGGAAUCUUGCGCGAAGCUCUGAUGGUCCCGCAGGGGAAGCUCAUGGACCCGGGCUCCCUGCCGCCCCCCGACUCCGAAGAUCUCUUCCAGGAUCUCAGCCACUUUCAGGAGACGUGGCUGGCUGAAGCUCAGGUACCUGACAGUGAUGAGCAGUUUGUUCCUGAUUUCCAUGCUGAGAAUUUAGCCUUCCACAGCCCCACCACCAGGAUCAAGAAGGAGCCCCGGAGUCCCCGCACAGAGCCAGCUGUUCCCUGCAGCAGGAAGCUGCCGCGGCCCUACCAUGGCGAGCAGUGCCUUUAUUCCAGUGCCUAUGACCCCCCUAGACAAAUCACCAUCAAGUCUCCUGCCCCUGGUGCCCCCGGACAGUCACCCCUGCAGCCUUUCACCCGGGCAGAACAACGGAAUUUCCUGAGAUCUUCUAGUGCCACCCAGCCCCAUCCUGGCCAUGGGUACCUCGGGGAGCACAGCUCCGUCUUCCAGCAACCCCUGGACAUUGGCCACUCCUUUGCAUCCUCUCAGGGAGGGGCCCGGGACCCCCUCCCAGGCCCCUACCAACACCAGCUGUCGGAGCCCUGCCCGCCCUACCCGCAGCAGAGCUUCAAGCAGGAAUAUCUUGACCCCCUAUAUGAGCAGGCGGGCCAGCCCCCCGUGGGCCAGGGAGGGGCCAGUGGGCACAGGUACCCAGGGGUGGGGGUGGUGAUCAAACAGGAACAGACGGACUUCGCCUACGACUCAGAUGUCCCGGGGUGCACCUCCAUGUACCUCCACAGCGAGGGUUUCUCAGGGCCCCCCCUUGGGGACGGCAGCGUGGGUUACAGCUAUGAGAAACCGCUGCGACCAUUCCCAGAUGAUGUGUGUGUCGUCCCUGAGAAAUUUGAAGGAGACAUCAAGCAGGAAGGGGUUGGAGCGUUUCGAGAUGGGCCACCCUACCAGCGCCGGGGCGCACUGCAGCUCUGGCAGUUCCUGGUGGCCCUGCUGGAUGACCCCACCAAUGCCCAUUUCAUUGCCUGGACUGGCCGGGGGAUGGAGUUCAAACUAAUCGAGCCUGAGGAGGUCGCCCGGCUCUGGGGCAUCCAGAAGAACCGGCCAGCCAUGAAUUACGACAAGCUGAGUCGCUCGCUCCGAUACUACUAUGAGAAAGGCAUCAUGCAGAAGGUGGCUGGCGAACGCUACGUAUACAAGUUCGUGUGUGAGCCCGAGGCCCUCUUCUCGCUGGCCUUCCCGGACAAUCAGCGGCCAGCGCUCAAGGCUGAGUUUGACCGGCCGGUCAGUGAGGAGGACACAGUCCCUUUGUCCCACUUGGACGAGAACCCCGCGUACCUCCCAGAGCUGGCUGGUCCGGCCCAGCCCUUUGGCCCCAAGGGCAGCUACUCCUACUAGCCCUGAGCUAGUAGGGGGCACUGCCCAGUGUACAUAGAGCUGUAUCUGGCACUGGGAACCCCACACACUGCUGCCCAGAGGUCUUGGGGGCACAUCCUAUCGCCCACCCUGGCCUAUCUCUGAGCUGCUCCCUGGUUACUGGGAACGAAAAGUAGGGACUCUGCCGGGGCAAAGAUUGGGUGGGGGGCCCUCAGGCAAUUCUGGGGACAGGCCUCUGGUUCCCUCUUAGGUCCUGCUUGGAGGCCCAGACCCCGCUCCCACACCAGAGAACAAUUAAAGCGUUCCCACUUAAUCCUGGCGGGGAUGUGCCCCAGAUCUCCCACUAUAGGGAGAUAAGCCUGGCCCCUGUCUUCUGCUCCCAGCUGUGGCCCUGGACGGUUCUGCCCGUCGAUCCUUGGUGCUCUUGUGUUCCCAGAAGCAGGAGGCUGGAGUCGGGACUGUGGG